AUGUCACUGGUUGCAGGACCUGGGGUGGGAGGAUCACACUCGACCUUGCCCUCAAAUCUCAGCCUGGUGGUGGAAAAGCAUGUCAAAUAUAUCCAGCUCCUGGAUACUCGAAAAGAUGAACUCGACUACUGGUUGACCGAACACCUGAGGUUGAAUGGUGUGUACUGGGGUUUGACAGCCCUUCAUCUCCUCGGCUAUCCAGAUGCCCUGCCCCGUGACAAAACCUUGCAAUUCGUCUUCUCCUGCCAGAACCCAGAUGGGGGUUUUGGUGCUGCUCCUGGGCAUGAUUCCCACAUGUUGUACACCGUCAGCGCCGUCCAGAUUCUUGCCACAAUCAAUGCCUUGGAAGCCUUGGACAAGCCCGAAAGAGGAGGAAAGGAGCGAACCGCAAAAUACAUCGCAAGCCUACAGAACGCCGAUACAGGUACCUUUGCCGGAGAUGAGUGGGGUGAGACAGACACUCGCUUUCUCUAUGGUGCCUUCAAUGCCCUCUCCAUCCUGGACAUGAUGCACCUAGUGGAUGUGGACAAGGCUGUCUUCCACAUUCAGGCUUGUGCAAAUUUCGAUGGAGGGUUUGGUCGAUCGCCUGGCGCCGAGUCUCAUUCUGGCCAAAUAUUUACUUGUCUCGGGGCUUUGACGAUCGCUCGCAGACUGGACAUUGUGGACCAUGACCGGCUGGCCGCAUGGUUAAGUGAAAGACAACUUCCCAACGGUGGGCUCAAUGGCCGCCCAGAAAAGCUUGAAGACGUUUGCUAUAGUUGGUGGGUGCUCAGCAGCAUCUCAAUGCUGGGAAAGCUGCGCUGGAUCGAUGCUGCAGAAUUGAUCAAAUUUAUUCUGAGGUGUCAAGACGCCGAUCGAGGUGGAUUUGCAGACAGACCCGGCGACAUGGUGGACGUUUUCCAUACCGUGUUCGGUCUUGCAGGGUUGAGCUUGCUGGGCUAUCCGGGCCUCGUCGAGGUCGACCCCGUAUAG